UUUGUUUUCUGUGGACUAGACGUUUCCGACUGCUUCACCUUCGCCACUCACGGUGUGCUCGUGAGUUCCUCACAACCGUGCGGUGUGCGUCUGCGAAGAAGAGCGAGAAGAGACACCUCCCUUGCUCGUUUCGAAUUCCUUCUGGUCCCAUUUUUUCGCUGUUCCAUCCUGCCUCUCUUUUUUCCUCCAUCGGAGUUGGUCAACGUUUCCCGCUCCGCCUAAUUCCGAUCCCCCUUCGCACACCAUUUCCCCUUCUCGUUCCGCUUCUGUCGUGCACCGACCUACUAACUAUGCCUUCCGCGUUUUUCACCGUUGCUCCGUUUCCUUUAUGUUUUUUCUUGUCUCUGCCUCCGACAUCUCCGGCGGCUCCUUUCUCUUUCACCGCGUUCCAUGCUCCAUUUCUGAGUCGACAUCUUGUUGAGUUGCGAAAAACUGGUGAGAACCCCGCCGUCCCUUCCUCUUUUUUCCAGGCUCUUUCGCAGGCGAGAAGCGAUGGACGAAACGGAAUCAGUUGUAGCUGCGACCGUCGCAACUGAGCUCGCUGCGUCCCUCCGUCCCCCUUCGUCCGACAGCCAGGCGCGCUUGGCUUCUGAGCGGCGCCACCGGCUUGCAUGCGUUCUUCACGCGUCGUCUUCGUUUCCAGAUGUCUCUUCUUGGCAAAAUAAAAGGAGGAACGUCGCAACCAAAGCAGGGUGCUCCAGUGUUUCUCGAUGCUCUCCACGACUCCAGCGGAACGAGGCCUGGUGCGUCGGCCAGGAAACUCACCCACCGUCUUCUCCAGUGACGUGUGACCUCUCCGAAGACUCAACGUCCUUCAGUCAAUUGCUCGCUUCCGCCGCCAUCUUCGGCUCCGCCCCCUUUCAGCUCAGCCCACUCGAUUCUUCUUCCACUUCGUCUCCUUCCGCUUCCUCUGUUCUGCCCUCUCUUUCGCUCUCAGCCGGAGUCUCUGCUUCUCCCUCUGUGUCCUUGUUUUCCUCUGACUCGGUUCUCGGUGGCGAAGACACAGCAAGCCUUUUGGAAGUCGCGCGUCUCUGCGAGAGCGGCUCGCUGUCUCUGGGCGUUUCCGAGAGACCGCGAAAAGCAGGAGAGGACGACACCAACGGCGUUGACAAGGCAGACGUGGAUUCGACAGGUUCUUUGGGAAGGCGAAAACAGGAAGACGCUUUCGCGUCUGUAGAUGGAUCAUCCAUUUCCAGCAGAGACGGCGGCUCCCUGCUUGCGGACUGUGUCCUGGGGAACUUUGGGGAAGCCUCCGACUGUGAUCCAACUGCUUGUGGAGUUGCGAGCAGCGGCAGAGACCUGGCUGCGCUGUUUACGUCGCUGCCUCUCUCCCUCGACCGCUACCUUCUCUGGAAUCCUCUUCUCCCUUCCUCCCCUCCUGUCGAGUCCUUAAACAAGUACGCCGUCGCUCUCGAAGAGCACCGACGUGAGCUUGCGGAUGCAGUGAAACACUCGAAGACACUGCAAGAAGCGAACGAGCAGCUCACUGCAGAAGUCAGCCACCUGCAACAACGAAUAGCCGUUUGCAUGCAGGAGAAAGAAACGCUCUGCCAUCAGCUGAGAGAUCGGCCGCAGUCCUCCCGGCCUUCGCUUCCUCUCCACUCCGACUCUCCCUCCCGCUCCUCAUAUUCAAAGGAGAAGUCUCGAGCUGCUCCCGCCUCUGCGUCCGCAGCUGCUGUGUCUUCUCUUGGUGCUGGGGGCUUCUCGUCGAGUCGGCAACUCCUGCAGACACGCCGAGAUCGCGGCCUCCUUAGUCCUGACGACGAGGCGGCUUUGCAUGCUCUGGAAGAAGAACAGAAAAAGCAAAAGACUUCUGGAAAUCGACACGUAGGCGACGUUCGGUCUCAUUGCGAAGCGCGAGGCCGAGAGUCGCCUGCUCACCAAAAUGGGGAGGCUCUACCUCCGGGAAUGGACGAAUAUGAAGCCCUCUUGGCUGGCGGCGACAUUCGCCCUGACAUCAUUCAGUGGGUCCUGAGCAUGCGCAUUGCGCGAUCGCCUCUUCAUGCAGGAGAAACAAUUCAAUCCAGUGCGGCUCUGAACAUCAGCGAAAUUGCAGGCCUUCAUCGCGUUAAGAAGCUUCUGACGGACAAGAUUAUCAAUCCGAUUCUUCGACCGGAGCUGCAUGUCGGUCUCCACCAAGCGCCUCGAGGCAUUUUGCUCUUCGGUCCUCCAGGAACUGGAAAAACGACUUUGGCCAAGUGGAUGGCGGCAAGUUCGGGAGCGAGUUUCUUCGAGGUCACACCCUCGUCGAUUAUCAGCAAGUUCCACGGGGAAACCGAAACCCUCAUCAAGGCUCUCUUCAAGGUGGCCGAAGCUGAUAGUCCGUCGCUGGUCUUCAUCGACGAAAUCGAUUCCCUUCUCGGCAAGCGCAGGGAGAAGGAAGACGACACCAGCAUCCGGAUGAAGAACCAGCUGCUGCAGAUGAUGGAUGGAGUCAGCAGCUGUUCAGGAGACAAGGUCCUUGUCGUUGUAGGCGCCACAAAUCGGCCAGACAUGCUCGAUGAGGCAGCAAUCCGGCGCCUGUCAAAGCGCGUUCUCGUUCCGCUUCCUGACUUCGAUGCCCGUCGUGUGCUCAUCCGCACUGUGUUGGAGAAGCAGUCCACUGGUGGCUGUACCCUCUCCGACCAGGAGCUUGGAGACCUUUCCUCCCGGCUGGAGAAGUGGAGCGGAAGCGACAUUCGCAGUCUGUGUGUCUCUGCGUCUGAGCGAAGCUACGACGAAACAGUUGCGAAGUUUGGAGGCAUUCAGAAUGUGCCGAGUCGAGCCGCGUUCCGUCCAAUCUCCUUCAGCGAUUUCCUCGCUGCUCUCGAAGAGGUUCGGCCUUCCUGCACAUCGGAGGAAAGUUUGAGGUUCUUCGAUGAAUGGGCUAAGGCUCACGGGGCUCUCUGACGAGGAACAACCGAUCGCAUGCGGCUUGUGUCCGGAUCAACUGACUCCUACAGCCGACAGUGCCUGGCCGGUUUCGAGCCUUUCGUGUAUAUUCCCGCCAGUCACUUCAGGAGCGAAUCUCUUGGUUUCGUCUGUGCGACUUUCUCUCGGUUUCCCGGGUUGUUUUGGUUUGACGAGUCUGUCUCAUUUGCGCCGCUGCGGUGUCUCCGGCGCCGCCACUUUGAAUGGAAAACCAUUUCGUCAGGUUGACUUUUCUGCACAUUUCUUGUGGCAACGUACCUGCUUUCCAUUCCGUCUCUAUUUCUAUGUAUCCCGUCCUCUUUCUUGGCAUUUCUCCCGUGUGUCCACUCGCGAUUCAAACCGAAGAAGGCUUCGGCCGCAUCUGGCAGUCCAGGCAUCCGAUAGCGACAGGUCGCAGUCGCAGACGUUCUCCCAGCAGGGGACUAUAGACAAAUUUCUCGGCACUUUUCGUUUGCUACUCCGACGCUUCCCGAGUCUGAAUUAGUUAAACCGGAAAUCGCAUAAGUCAGUAAGUCGCUGGGUGUCCAAAGCCAAGAGUAGAAACGCAAGUUAGGUCGUAGUCUGAUUCAAAGCCCCUGUCGUGGCAGCUUCCCCCCUGAGACAGUUAC